GUGAUUUGAGUUCUCCUCCUUUGGAAGCAGGCGCUGUAAAUCCUGGAUCCUCCGUUCCAUGGCUGGGUGCCGAGGAGCUGCCUGAUGGUUCCCAGGCCGUGCUGAGGCUGCUCUGCCAGGACAGAGAUGGGGAAAAGGUACUUCUGUGACUACUGUGACAGGUCCUUCCAGGACAACCUGCACAACAGGAAGAAACACCUCAAUGGAGUGCAGCAUCUCCGGGCUAAGAGAGUCUGGUACGACUUAUUCCGAGAUGCCGCCGCUAUCCUGCAGGAGGAGCAAACCAAGAAACCCUGUCGGAAGUUCCUGCAGACAGGACAGUGUGAUUUUGGGUCCAACUGCAGAUUUUCCCACAUGACAGAGCAGGACCUGGAGAAGCUGAGUGCUCAAGUUCAAGGGGAGAAGAGGCUGAAGGAGCUGCGGCUGGAGGGAGCAGAUAUCCCACCUGGCACCAUCGAGGACUGGCUGGAGAAGAGAGCCCAGAGACUGAGUGCGGCUCAGAGCAACAGUGCUCUUCCCGAGAAACCAGCGCCGUUCCAGUACCCCCCGGGCUGGCCCCCGGUGCAGGAGCUGCCCCCGUCCCUGCAGGCCCCCCCGCCCGGGGGGUGGCCAGUGCCCCCCACCCUGCAGUGGGGCUAAGGGAGCACCCCCGGAGCGUGGCUGGGGCUGGAGUCCUGUCUGUGCCCCGGGAAAGGGAUGGAGUUAUUUAUCUGCACUUUUAGACCAAUAAAACCCUUCCCCCUCCCUCGCA